GUACUUGAACACAUCACAUCCAAGCGCGUCUCCUUUAAAUUUAAGGCGGUAUUGCACAUAAUCACAGACUACCCACGCCGUGAGCGCUCGGGUGUCUGCUCUGUUCAGAUGGAGAGUGUGGCAAACAUUUGAAGAAAUUGUACCUCUUUAAUGUAAAGCAAUUUACAGAAGUAAUUUAAUAGUAUUGUUAAUGGAGUGGUUUGAAUGUGAACAGGGGUAUUUGGUUCCGAACUAUCGCGUGUAUGCUGACAAAUAGUUUUCACCAGUCGACUGCACUAAUUAGAGUCUGGAGCAAGUUGGAGUGAUUAGCAAACUGGAAGCUUUCAAAUGGAUAUCUGUGCUGGCUCAGCGGGUCGGAAUUAUCAAAGCCUUCGCGCCCAGUCGAGCCACAUGUGAGCACAUCCUGUUUUGAUAGGCGUGUGUUCUCCAGCUUUGGGUUGCCGGAUUGGCCAUUGUGUUCGACGGACACGCUUUCUACUCUGAACUGCGGAGCCUCCCUGGAGGCGAUGGAGGGAGCCCCAGAGAAGCCCAGCCCUCGAGCUCACCGACCCAAACACAACCCUGGGCCACCUGCUGGACUGACCCUGGGUCAGUCCCGGAGCACAGAGGACGUGUCCGUGGAGCGACUCUCUGGAGCCGGUUUCCGUAAAGGCUUCUCUCUGCGGAACGUCAGCCUCUGUGUGGUGGAUGGGGUCCGGGACAUGCUCCAGAGAAGCCGGGGCGCCUCCCCGGAACCCCGUCGCAGGCUCAACGGGGAGACUGGGGGCCGCUGGAGCCCUCGUCUGCUGCGUUUGCCCAGAGGCCCCCGGGCGGCCCUCAGGGCCCCACCAGCCGAGGUGCAGAGGGAGGGGGCGCUACGCUACAUGGUCGCUGACGACUCCCACAGCAUGGGGAGCAGCGCCCAGUGGCAGAAGUGUCGUCUGCUGCUGAGGAGGACCGCGGGCGGGGUCGCGGAGCGGGAGGCGUUCCUGCUGGAGUUCUACGUGCCCCCCAAGUCUUCAAAGCCUAAAGUGAGUGUGCCGCUGUCAGCCAUUGUGGAGGUUCGGACAACCAUGCCCCUGGAGAUGCCAGACAGAGACAACACCUUCGUUCUCAAGGUGGAGAAUGGAGAAGAGUACAUCUUGGAGACUUUAGACUCUCUACAGAAACACUCGUGGGUGGCUGACAUUCAGGACUGCAUAGACCCAGGGGAUAGUGGAGAUGACAUUGAGCUGACAUCAUGUCCUCAUGGCCAGUUCCCCUCUGUGUCAACCUGCAGUUGUGAGCUUGCAUCUCCAAGACUACACCGGAGCAGCCAGCCCCGCUCUUGCUCCUGUGGGCCUCCAGGGCCCCGGUGUAGGACCCUUGCCUCCCCUGUCCACCCUGCACACGUCCCCCUGGAGCGCUUCUUCCAGUCUCAAGAGACCGUCAGACCUGGAACAGAGGGUUUACUCGGCAGUGAUACAGACACCUCUCUGACCUGUUACCCAUGGUUUCACGGCACGCUGUCGAGGGUACGUGCUGCGCAACUGGUGUUGGUGGGCGGUGUUCGAAGCCACGGGCUCUUUGUGAUUCGCCAGAGCGAGACACGUCUCGGAGAAUUCGUCCUCACCUUUAACUUCCAGGGCAAAGCCAAGCACCUGCGUCUCUCUGUGGACUCCCGGGGCCAGUGUCAUGUGCACCACUUGUGGUUCCAGAAUGUCGUAGACAUGCUGCAGCACUUCCACGGCCACCCAAUCCCCCUGGAGUCCCGCGGAGCCUCUGAUGUCACGCUCCGCCAUUACGUUCAAAUGCAGCGCAGCUGUCCAGAGCUCAGUGUGUCGAGGACAUCCACCCCUGUCAGAGAGCCUGCCUGUCGAAACGGCUUCCACCAAUCGGCACACUUCUAUCCUGGAGGGUUGCACUCCAUUGGCCAGACUGUGGAGGCUCCUCACGCUCCGGGCCCUCCUGCCCUAUCCCGUGGCCCUCCCGCCUUCCCCAGGCUGGAGGGCAACAGUGCUGGGAACGGAGGAGGCCUGCGGAGUCGAAGUGGCAGUACAGAACACUUGCUGGCGCCAUCCAGUGGCUCUGCUGAUGAACAGCAGGAGAAUGAUGUCACACAGAGGACAAGGGCUGUAGAGAAUCAGUACUCACUCUAUUGAGGAUAAAAAAAUAAAUUAAAAAAAGGUCACAUGAUACUGUGACCGUGAUACUGAUGUAUUUGUAGGAUUUAGGAUAAAUACAUAUAUUUUUUUUAACACUUAAUGGACUAAGUAUCCGGUGAAUAUACCAAGGGGAAAAAAAAAAUAUAUA